AUGGCGUCGACCUCAAAUGCAGUGCUUGCUGACUCAUCAGCUCCUCUAUCACCUUGCCCACGGUUAAGUUGUGAUCAACGAAUGCCAUCGACGUCUACUGCAAGUAUGGAUCCCAAUCGAACAUCAGGUGGAUCAAAUCAUACGGUGGCAUCACUAUCACAAUCGUCGUCAUCCAAACAGUCUGAUGAAGCUUGGCAUGAUGAGUCGACAUUCAAAUUGAGACGAAAAGAUCUCGAUUUCGAAGAGACUCUCGCACAUUCGCCACGCGAUGGUAAAAUAAUAUAUGAGUAUUAUUUCCGCUGA